AUGGUACUUACCCCGUACCUCAGGAAGGUUUCCCAGUUCCCAAGCAAAGCCGCAUACGCGCUGAGGCUGACCAGGGCCGCCCCAUAUCUACGCAAAAUUGGAAGCUGGAUCGCGCCUCCUCCAAACAAGUCCGAAGAUGGACGUGAUCAAUGGCCCUCCCGAGCAGCCUUUCUCCUAGCUGCGAUGGGCGGCUGCGCAGGCCAGGGAAACCUGCUGCGAUAUCCCUCGGUUGUCUACAACAACUACGGCCUACAGUGGUUUAUUCCCUAUCUGAUUGCCGUAUUUGCAGUCGCCAUCCCAGCCCUCAUCCUCGAGAUCGCAAUCGGACAAGCCUACCGCGGCGGAACGGUGAUCGCAUUCAACAACAUCAAUAAGCGGCUAAAGGGCGUUGGUCUCGGUCCGAUUUUGGUGAGCUUUGUCGUCGUGCAAUAUUUUACUGUCAAUCUGGCUUGGAUCAUGAAUUAUUUCCGGAAUUCUUUCACCAGCCCGCUUCCGUGGGAGGGCAGGAUUGAGGAAUUUUAUAUGGGAGAUGUUGUCGCAAAUGUCGAUCCGAUUCCGGGGAGUCUCACUGCAGGCAAUGAUGCUGUUGCCAAAUAUACAGUUUACCCUGGCGUUAAGCUUAUCGGGGAGACGGUUGGCUGGAGCGCGUUCAUCUGGUUCCUCAUUUGGAUUUCUAUCUUCCGUGGAGUUGGCCUUACGGGCCGCGUUGUUUACUGGACUAUGGGAUUGCCAAUCGUGACUACAAUCAUUAUCGUCGGCCGCGCUUGUUCGCUAGAGAAUGCGAGCGAGGGUAUUCGGCUUCUUUGGGCAACAUGGAGGAGCGACCAGCUCGCCUCCGGAACCGUCUGGCAAACUGCUGUUGGACAGGUAUUUUUCUCCACUGGCAUUGGAUUCGGCUAUUUCACUUCCUAUGCAUCCUAUAAUUCGAAGCACUCAAACGCCGUGAUGGACGCCAUCCUUAUUUGCGGAAGUAACAUUCUGUUUGAGAAUUUUGCCGCCUUUGCAGUAUUUGGCGUUGUGGGAUAUCUCCGACGUUGGCCACAGGAUGGUGAAAGGUUGGGCGCGUUUGUGGUCGGUUUCCUGACGCUUCCUGAAGCUGUGAUACACAUGCCUGGCGCCAAUUGGUGGGCUAUACUCCUGUUUUUCACCUUGGUGGUGCUCGGCUUCAGUUCGGCAUUCGUGAUGCUCGAUGCGGCGGCUACGCUGGCCGUAGAUGCGGGUAUGAAACUGUCACGACCUGUCAUCGUGACUGCACUCACGAUUAUAUCUUUCCUCAUGUGCCUGCCAUAUUGCACCGAGUUUGGAUUCUACCUGUUGGAUGGCAUCGACCGAUGGAUCAACAACGUGGCAUUGAUAUUUGUUGUGUGGUCUGAACUUGUCGGAGCAACGACAGUGUAUCGCUGGCACGAUGUGGUGAGCCAGACGGGACUGCCUGCCUUUGUGGUGUAUAACUUUGGUUACUUUGGUGGCCAAAUCAUCGGAGUCGCGGUUUCACAUGGUAUCUCCAGUCCAGCAGCCGGUGCCGGUGCCGGAUUUGGAUUGUAUAUUUCUUGCUCAACUAUUUCCGUUCUCAUUUCCACACCCCCAACUAUCAAAGCUGCCAGUUUCUGGGGGCGCAAUCCGAUUCUCGGUCGAUUUUGGUAUUUGGCGUUCUAUUCCGGUAAUCAAUUGAGACGCGACCUGAACGGCAUCGUUGGUGGUAAUGGAAAUUGGAACAUCCCUCAUUUCUGGCCCAUUCUUCUUCGAUAUAUCAGUGCACCAAUUCUAGCCAUUGUGUUCAGUUUCGCGUAUCCCGAAUUCUAUACGUUGCGAUACGACCCUAUGAUGAUCGCCGGGUUCAUUUUGGCGCACUUCUGUUUACUCUUGAUUCUGCUCGGUGUCGUGUUUCCGCGUUACUAUGAUAUUUUUAUUCCUUCCGAACGCAGAUCUGAGGGAACUGAAGCCACGGUCGCCAAUAAGCUCAAAGAACAAGACUUUGUCCCAGAUGUCGCGCGAGUUGACUCGGAAUCUGGCAUUCCCGUAUCGCUCUCAAGGAAGAGUUCGGACAGGAUAGACACAGAACUUUCAACGGCGAAGCCGAAGCCACAGGGUGAGUAUAUAUGA